CUCGGCGUACUUGUUACGGGCGCGGCACAUGAAAGCUGGUUAAAUCUUGACAAUUCUGUAAAAUCCAGAAACAUGACUACAGAUUUAACUGAUGAAAGCUUAUUCCCAAUCGCUAUACUUAUUGACGAAUUGAGGAAUGAAGAUAUGCAAACUCGCUUAGCCAGUAUAAAAAAGCUUUCUACAAUUUCUCUUGCACUUGGUCCAGAAAGAACUAGGACUGAAUUGAUUCCAUUUCUAACUGAGACUAUAUAUGAUGAAGACGAAGUACUUCGAGAGAUGGCCAAACAGUUGGCUGAUUUUGUUCCUCUGGUUGGAGGACCGGAAUACGUUCAUUGUCUUCUACCACCUCUCGAAGGACUUGCAUCCGCAGAAGAAACCGUCGUCCGUGACAAAGCUGUUGAGACUUUACGAGCACUUGCUCCCAGUUUUUCGUCCAAGGACUUGGAAUUUCAUUUUCUACCACUUAUCAAACGUUUAGCAACUGGUGACUGGUUUACAAGCCGCACAUCAGCUUGUGGAUUGUUCAGCGUAGUUUACCAACAGUGUACUCCAGCCGUCCGUGCAGAUCUACGCCGUGCUUUCAAACAACUUUGCGCGGACGAUACUCCCAUGGUCAGACGUGCUGCGGCAAAUCGACUUGGAGAACUUGCUCGUUGUAUAGAGAUGGAUGCAUUGCGCUCUGAUUUAUUGCCUCUUUUACCUACUCUUUGCCAGCAAGAUGAUCAGGACUCUGUGAGAUUAUUAGGUGUGAAUGCAGCAGUAGAUUUUGCUGAAGUUCUUCCUACAGAAGAUGUUGUGGCUCAUAUCAUACCCCUUAUACGUUCGGCGGCCGAAGAUAAAUCCUGGAGAGUCCGCUAUCAGUUAGCUGAUCAUAUCACAGAUCUACAAACCGCAGUAAAGCCUCAGCUUGCUGGACAACAUUUGGUCGAUGUUUACCAGAUGCUCCUCAAAGAUCCCGAGGGUGAAGUUCGAGCAGCAGCUGCGGGUAAACUCAAAAAAUUUGCAUCAGCUCUAGCACCAGAUAUUCGAGAGUCUGUAAUUAUGAAGACAUUACUGCCUAUUAUCCGUGACAUGGUUGGCGAAAAUAAUCUUCAAGUGAAAACUGCAUUGGCAGGAGUUAUGAUGGCUUUAUCGCCCUUAUUAGGGAAAGAAAACACCGUUGAACAUCUCCUACCAUUACUUUUGGUUCAACUGAAAGACGAAAAUCCAGAUGUCCGUUUGAAUAUUAUAUCUAACUUGGAGUGUGUGAACCAAAUAAUGGGAAUAACACAACUUAGUCAAAGUUUACUUCCUGCAAUUGUUGAACUAGCCAGUGAUACUAAAUGGCGUGUUCGUUUGGCAAUAAUUGAGUAUAUGCCACUGCUAGCCAGUCAGCUGGGCUUGCAGUGUUUCAACGAACGCCUUACGAAUUUGUGUCUCGGUUGGUUGGUGGAUGAUGUAUAUGCCGUGCGUGAAGCAGCUGUAACAAAUUUACGAAAACUUAUGGAUCAGUUUGGAGUGGAUUGGGCCAGUUCUCAGAUCAUACCUCGUCUUAUACAGUUGGCUCAUGAUCCAAACUAUCUACGUCGUAUGAUUUGUUUGGCAUCUCUUCAUCAACUUGGUGAGGCUCAGUCGUGUCGACCUGAGUUAUUACAGAAACAUUUACUUCCAACUAUAAUUCAACUUGGUCAUGAUCCUGUACCGAAUGUUCGUUUCAGAGUUGGUCAGAUUUUAGGCAAACUUGGCCAUCUUCUAGAUGCAUCCACCAUACAAACAUAUGUCAAACCAACACUUGAGAAAUUGGGCUCCGAUACAGAUCCAGAUGUUGUUUAUUACGCCAAAGAAUCCUUUGACUUGCUACAUCUUGCCGGAAGAUGAAUAAAUAAAGGUAGAAAGCAUUUUAUUUCUACAGGACAAUAAUAUAAUAUGAUAUAAAUAAUUUAAUACAAUACAUGUAAAUUGACCUUAUUUGGCGUCUUCCUUCUUUCAAUACGCCAACUUUUCUGCACUGACGUGCUUGUAUGCGAUGUUAUUUUGAAUGCGUGCCUUACAGUGGACUGUAUUUAUUCGUACUAUGUACUGAAUUCUGUUUUCAUGCCCUUUUUGCUGUUGUAUACAAGAAGGAGCCUCAUAUUGUCGAUUUACUUAAUAAUUCUCCUCUUCAGAAGAAUAAUCUGGCUUUCAUAAAGCCAAAAGUAGGCUGCUUACCAGCAGGAAUUUAUUCUGUUUCUUUCUUCAUUUGUGUUCUUAUUCAGUUGAAUUAUGGGAUAUAGUGUUGAUCUCAGUCAUUUGUUUAAGACACACAUUCUGUGCAAAUGACAGUUUUAUUUUUAAUCGUUUAAGGAUGAAAUAGAAUAAUCCGUAUUUAUGGUAUGCGUGUUGAAUUGACCAUCACUGGAAUAACUGAUGUUUGUUGGGUUAUAAUGGAGAUUAUAAAAUGUCAUCGUUUUGGUAUUUAGAAAUUAAAAACCCAAGACUCUGAAGUUGUACAACUAUUAUUCCCCAUUACCUACUGGUUCAUAUUAAAUGUACCUUUAUUGUUUUCGUUGCUAUUGUUUUGAUUGGAGUUCAUAUACACGGAUUGAUCGUCAUAUUUUAUCGUUUUGAACUGUCAGCUACUGUAGUGUUUGAAUGUUUCUUUCCAUGAUUGCUAAUCUCCACAUAGCAUAGUAAUGCAUGUUGAUACCUAACAACGUAAAUGUAUAACCGAUAAUGCUUGUAAUAAAAGUAGUAAAAUAAUCGGAACCAAAUGGAAACCCAGUUGUUUGUUAAUAAACUAUGUGGGGUUACUAGUCUCAAGCCCAACCUUCCCUCUUUUCCGGGCUUACUAUCGACCGGUAAUCGAAACUCGGACCAUAUAUUUGGUUGACGAGCAUUCUACAGCUACACCACCGACAACGACUAUUACUGCUCCCUAAUUCCAGACUAUUCAUUCUCCUAUCCUCCUUUCAGCUUCUGUUGUGUAUUUUAGAAUGCUCUUUGUUGAUGUACAAGCUGACUCUUUUUUCCUGCUUCAUUCGAUUAUGCCUACUACAUAAUAUGUGUUAAGCUUUUAAAAACGAAUUUUUCGCCUCCCCUUGUAACUAUCUUUUGAUUUUGUUGAUUUCUUACAAUUCUAGCUAGUUCUAUCAACUUGUUUGUUUGUAUUUUAUGUAGUUCUUCUGAGUCAUCCUAUUCUCCAUAGUCAUCACUGCUAUUUUACAAACGUAUUGGUUGUGUAAUAACUUGUUGCCGAUGCCUAACAAUCAACUUAUCUUGAAUUCCGUAAUUAAUUUUCACCCCUCUUUUAAAACUUAGAUAUCUUGUUACUAACAUCUAUUAGUUAUUUGUUUUGAUGACCUUUAACGUCUGACAUAAAACUGACUAACUGAAAUAACCGCUUGGUUCGUAAAAAAUUUCGGUGUAGAAAAAACAACUAUAUAUUAGUGUAGAGCUGAUGAUGAGAAACUAAUUGAAAUGGAAUGGCAUAUUUCUUCGCUCAACGUUUUGUUUUCUUUCCUAAAUGUGUAAAUGGGAAUUUGGAAAUUCCAAAUUGUCAAAUUUAUUUUCACUUUCUGUGUAAUUAUAAUCUUGUUGGAUUCAAGUUAUGCAUACAUAUUUUUUUUUUCGUUACAGAUAAGUGUACUGUGACCGAGAGAAGAGUAUUCAACCGUAUUUUAAUGAAUAAAAAUUUCCAUUCUACUUUAAUUUGAUAAUCCAUCAAUCACUAUUGUUUUACAUUUUGUAUUUAAUGAGCUAGAUACGAGUGUUUAUUUCAAAUUAGCAUAACUACU